UGUAAACAACAUGGCGGCGCACUGCCGUAAAAUUGAUAAAGCUGGCGAUAUUUGAAGUAUUAGAAUGUUAAGUGCCGUUUGAACAGAUUAAUUAAUUAACUAAGAAAAUGCCUACAGGAUUCGACCAGCAAGAUAGAACUGUGAAUGGUUCAAUUUCCAUUGAAAGUAGUGCCACAACUGCUAUUGAACCUGAACUACCUGAAAGUGUCAGUCACAGUCUGAGCCACCACAGUAUCAAUGAAAAAGCUCUUUUUAUCGAAAAUAUGCAGUUGGUUGAGCCCAGAAAACCAAUAGCUGUUCCAAACCAUCUAUUAGAAACAAAAAUUUAUGCAACACUUGGCAAAAAUGCUCAAGUUAUUGCUAAACCAAUAGCAAUACAUUUUGAUGGCUUUGAAGUUGGAGAAAAACAGACAAGAACACUUGCAUUAAUAAAUGCAUCUUCAGAGCUCCUCAGAAUGCACAUCAUUCCACCACAAACCAGUCAUUUCAAAGUUAAAUACACAAAGCCUGGAAAAAUGGUUGCAGGUAUGAGUUUAACCUGCACAGUUGAAUUUACUCCAGAUGAAUGGCGCUAUUAUUAUGAUUGUAUUCGCAUUCAUUCUCCUGGAGAAGAGAAUUUAAUUAUUCCAAUUCAUGGUUACCCUGUAAUGUGCACUAAAGAUUUUCCCAGGAAAUACAAUUUUCCUCUUGUUCCUGUUGGUCACAGGUUAUCAAAAACAUUCCCUUUGAAGUCCAUGGUCCCAGUAGAUUUUGAGUUUAUCUUCAAGUACAUCCAACCACACCCAGCUUUCAUUAUUGAACCAAUGUCAGGUAUUGUCCCUGCUAACAAUGAAAUAGAAAUUACAGUGACCUUUGCCCCUUUUGAGUUUCAAACAGCUCUGAUGACAGUGGAACUGAUUCUCUCUCAGUUCAACUCUAAAGGAAUUAUCUGCUCAUUUACAGGAGUCUCUGAGCCCGGCUUGUUGAAAGCUAAAACCAUGGCCAGCCUACGUUCUGAAGUUUUGGAUCCAAGGUCUGUGUCCCCUAUUGAAAUGGCCAGGGUGAAGAAGACACUGACCAAGAAAACAAUUGAUUCAAGACAGGUGUUGUCUGCCCCUGCACAUGUGAAUCUUGAAAGAAAUGGCAUCCGAUUUCCAGCCCGGAUUGAUAACCCACAUGCUGUGGCCAAAAUUUUAUUACAGGAACCAGGAAAACUCAAGGUCAAUGAGAUUAGGCAAAAUGUUCUGGACCAGAAGGGGCCCACCCAGAUGACCAGACAGAUGAAGGAAGCCAUGUUUGAGCAAAUGGUCAGGAAAAACGUCUAUGAUGAAAGACAAAACCAGCUGCGAUGGCAAAUCAAGGUUGGGGACACGCCCAUUUCCAGGGAGGAGAAGCUCAACAUCCUGGAGGAGAGGAGUGAGGCCAUCAACCGUUAUAUGCUGGAUAUCCAAGGGAUCCCAAUUCCAGAAGAAGAAUUUUGCCGUACACAGACUUUCUCACGUGUGUACAGAAUCAUCAGAGACGUUGACAGUCUAGCACCAAUAGAAGCCAAAUUUGAUUGCUACUCCAAUGACCAGUGGGCAGUUAGGUUUGCCAAUUUGAAUAAGUUGGUUCAAGCUGCAAGAAAAGUUGUUAUCCAGAAUAGAGGAGAAUCUCGCCUGCGGGGGUUGAGAGAACUAGUGCACACAUUCUCCACAACCAAACCAAGGGAGGCAACAACAGACUCUGCCAAGCUUACUGAACAUGAACACAGAAAUGAAAAAGAAGAAAGUCACCAUUUAAAAGCUGAGAAGAUUCUAAGACACAAGUUCCCCACAUUUGUGUCCAGCACAGAGAAGAAUGAUAUGGCACCUGAUUCUGUUGGGCUGGUCCAGGUUGAUCCUACAGAAAUAAUCAUUAAGCGGGAAGUUGAAUACUUCAAUCUGAAGGUGCCACUGGCCUAUAAGCUCAAUGACUACAACCAUUUGAAUGUUCAUGAUGCCUCAAGUGGUUAUGUCCCAAUGAAAGGGCUGAGGAAAUUACGGACAGGUGCUGAGGAGGAGGUAAUCACAAUCUCAGAGGAUUCUGUCGACCCGUGUCAGGAGGUCGUAGGUCAAUCCAGACUUUCUAUGGCGGACCAAGUGGAGACUGGAGAUUUGGCUCCACCAGCUGCCAUGUUGAAACCUAUGGAGUAUCCUGCUCUGUAUAUAAUGAACCCAUCACCUGGACUGCAGGUAUUCCUUGCUCCCAUGCCCUACUCAGAAGUCGACUAUGACUACCACUUAUGUCCCCUGCCAAGAUACCCUAAAACAGAACAAGGGGGAACAAAGUCUGUCAGCACACAGAAGCGGUUUUUGGAUCGGGAGGACACAAUACGAGGGAUAAUGAGCUGGAAAAAGUUUCCCUCUCAAGGCCUGGUUUCACUGACCAACGCUCCAACAUUGACCAACGUUUGGGUCCCAAGAUGGGAUGAUAGUUUUAACCCAGAUAUUCUACCCACUGAGUUGCCUCCACUGAUGACAGAACUUUCACCAGAAGAGUUGGACAACUGCGUGGAUGAGGAGACUGAAGCUGCCCUCAACCUUGUCCCUGAGAUGGUCAGUGCAAAGUUUCCUCUGGUGGACAUCAAUUCUAUGGACCCAAAGGCUGUAGAAGAUGAAGACUACGAUCCAAAGGACCAGUUCCCACAGAACAACAAGCUGCCUCCUGUCAACAAUGCUGUUGGUCUCCAUGGGCCAGUCCAAAGGGAGAAACGUGAAGAGGAACUAGAACUCUUCAUGUUGAGGAGAUACAACAAGCUGAGAACAAAGAUACAAGCUAAGUUAGAGGCCAUUAGUGCUAAAGUUUGAUUGAUUGAAAGCUAAUGCCUAAUGUACAGUUGUAAAAAAUGUUCAAGUUUAGGAGAUCUCAAAAUAAAACAACAGAUGAGUGACCUUGUCACACAACAGACCAUCAUAUGGGGCCCUACUGGGUGGAGUUCUGCUUGCAUCAUCAUCUAGGGUUCAUUGAUUAUAGGAAAACAUUAACAAGUUAUUAACUGUUAUUUCAUUCUAUUACAGUGACAUUUUGUAUGGAUUUUUGUUUAUGUUACAUUUUUUUCUUCAAAGAUUUACUAGUUUCAACUCAACCCAUGUUUUUUUUUUAAACUUUUAGCUAUAGAAAAAUCUCACCUAAAAAGUGGUGAAAAAUUGGUGUCAUUGUUUACAUAAUAUAUAUAAAAUGACAACAUUAAUUUGCAAAAAUAAUUUGAUCUAUGAACUCUGAAAUGUUUUUGUAAACAAAGAAAAUAUAAUUUAUAUUUAUAAGCACUUAAGCCAAAAAAUAUAUUUGCCAUAUUUUACACAUUUUUCAGAAAAUUUUUUUUUUUUAUUGACGUGUGUCUUUAUACGUUGUCUUCUUGUUCGUGUGUCUUUGCUGUCUCAUCUGUGAUAUUUCAUGAUUGUCUUUCAUUAUUUUUAAACAAAGUACCAUCUUUCAUGCAUUAUUGCUCAUUUUCAGGCAAAAAGUAGCAAAUAAUUUUUGUUAUAAAAGUCAUGUGUAAGUACUGCUGCAGUGAAAAAGUGAAACAUCUUCAAGUUUUAUUAAAUGUACUUUCUUAUCAUAAAA